AUGGUCCUGAAAACAUCGCACGACCAGUACCCCCCCUUCGCCGAGGGUCUACGGACAGCUCCCCUCGUGUCCAUCUCGCUCCCCAAACUUGAGGCCUACGAUGAGGCCGAGUCACGCAGCUUCUUCCAGGCGUCCAAGGAUCUGGGCUUCUUCUACCUGAGCAUGGAAGGGUCGGCGCUGGGCGAGAAGAUCGUGACGCAGGCCGAAGAGCUCCACGCCGUGCAGAAGCAGUUCCACGCCCUGCCCAACGAGGAGAAGGACGCAUUUGCUCGGGAAAAGCUCGAUCCCUUCUUCGGGUACCGGCUCCUGGGCACGCGCGAGGCGGAGGACGGUACGAUCCUGCGGAAUGAGAAUUAUAAUAUGCGCAAAGACGACCUCAUCGGUAACUGCAAACCGCUGCCCUGUCCAGACCUGAUCAAGCAGCACUGGACCCUGUUGGGCGACUACGCCCGCAACUGCCGCGCCGCCAUCGACCUCAUGUUCACCCACCUGGAGAAGAACCUGGAGCUGCCCAUCGGCACCCUGGCCAACCUGCACCGCAUCGAGGAGCGGUCGGGCGACCACGUGCGAUUCAACAAGUCGGCCCCCGGCAAGUUCGACGAGCAAAAGGCCCGGCUGGGCGAGCACACCGACUUCGGCUCCCUGACCAUCCUGUUCAACUGGAUGGGCGGCCUGCAGAUCCGCCUGCCGGACACCAACGACUGGGUGUAUGUGCGUCCCGUGCCCGGCUCGGCCGUGGUCAACCUGGGUGACGCUCUGGUGAAGUUCACGGCGGGCCUGCUGCGGUCCAACGUGCACCGCGUCGUGCCCGCGCCGCCGCCGCAGAACAAGAUCGACCGUCACAGCCUGGUGUUUUUCUCCCGGCCUGAAGACGCCGUCGUCCUGCGCCGGCUCAAGGGCGGGCUCAUCGACAAGCAGCCCCAGACGCAGAAGGAGGAGAUGGAGUUGACCAGUGAAGAGUGGAUCCUGAGACGGAGCGUCGGGGAUCUGAAGGGCGUCUAUACACACCAAGGAGGCCUCGAGCUGCGUGCCCUGGUGGAAGGGAAAGCCUGA